UGACAGUUGCCAAACAAGUUUAUGCGUGUUUGUUUUUUUCGUUGCGGAAAAAUUGUUUUUGUUUGAUAAAAUAGAAUCAUUAGUAAAUCUUCUGUAUAAUGGGAUCAGACGACGAAUAUGAAGAGGAAACCGUUUGGAAAGGUAUUCCGGGAACAAUAAUUUUAAUAAAUGCAUUUAAUGAUACAAAGGCAAUUAAAUUGGCUCACACAGCCGUUUGCCGAAUGUUACGAGAAUACCUACGACUUUCCAGCACCCAGUACAUCAGUGUUUGUUUUUAUGGAGUUAAAAAUCCGAAUACAUCCAAUUUAACAUUCCAAGACAUUAUUGAAGCGAUGCCCCUUACUGCGCCAACAUUGGCUGAUUAUAAAAAAGUUUUAGAACUGGAUAUUACUAAAUUCGAAAAAGCCACAGAACUUAAACUAUCUGAUGCUUUAUGGUUCUGCAGUAAUAUGUUUGAGAAGUGCAAAAAACAAUUACUAUCUAGAACUGUUAUAAUGAUGACUAAAUUAGAUAUCCCACCAGCUAAGUCUGAUGAAAAGUACACCUACACUCGAGUAACUGAUUUAGUAAAUACAGACAGCUUGUACAGUGCUGAAGUUAAAAUUAUAAACUUGUCAGAGGAAAUCUAUAAUGUGGAUGUAUUCUAUGAAAACUUUGCUAUUGAUGCAAAAACUGUCAUACCAAAACCUAUUUGGGACUGCAGAGACAUAGAAAAAGAAAUUCUUCAACAGUCUCAUCGGAAUCUGGCUGUAGCCCAGUUAAAUUUUGAAAUUGGUAAUGGUUUUGAAAUAGGUGUAGGUGUGUACAAAUUAUUGAAAAGCACUUACCAACCAAAGAAAGUAAAAUUAAAUAGAGAUACUAAUGCUGUUGUCACUACAGUGAAUAAAACUAUGAAGGUUUCCUUGGAGCCAGAUGAGAUGGCACCAGAAGGGGAGCCCAUGGAUGUAGAGGACAAUAUUGAGAAAAAAGCUGUGCCAUUACUGAAAUCUGAAAUUGUCCAUUACCAGGAAUAUGGUGGCGAAAGAAUACAGUUUACAGAUGCUGAAAAGAAGGCAAUUGAUAAUCCAUUUGGUCCUCCCAUUCUAAAACUUUUAGGUUUCAAACCAGCCAGAAUACUUUGCAAAGAAAAGUGGUUUCUCAAGUCUGGACAUUUCUUGUUUCCAAAUGAAAAUAACAUAGAAGGAUCAACUGCAGCAUUUAAAGCACUCCAUCAAGCAUGCAAAGAAAUGUCUGUGGUUGCUAUUUGUAUACUCUGUACACGAGUGAAUUCCAGACCAAAUAUAGUGGCAUUGUGUCCUAGUUCACAACCAUUAAAUUUAAAUGUGGAAAUUGGUUUUGACAUUAUACAUGUCCCAUUUGUUGAAAAUGUCAGAAAUAUACCUUUGAUAGAUGAUGAUGACACAAAUACACCAAUUUCUGAUGAUCAAAGGGCAGUUAUGAAGAAAAUAAUUAGUAGUAUCCAAUUUGAUUACAAGCCUGAUAUGUUUGAAGAUCCAAAGGUGCAGUCACUAUAUAGAAACAUUGAAGCUAUUGCUCUUUCAGAAGAAGAUGUAGAACCUUUUCAAGAUACAACUAAACCUAGACCAGAGGCAUUUCAAAAUUUACCAGAAGAUGCCUUUGAUGAACUCUUUGGACCAUUCGGAGAAGCUCCUUUGAAAAGAACAGCUUCUAAAGACAAUGAGGUUAGAAGUAAGAAAGCAAAAACAGAUAUUGAUGAAUCAAUGAUACAAAUUCAGAUUUCCUCACAAGGAGUUAAUAAGUUCACUGUGGAUCAGUUGAAGCAAAUAUUAAAAUCUAAAGAUAUUUCUGGACUGCCUGCCUUGACUGGGUUAAAAAAGGCACAACUUGUUGAAUUAGUGUAUAAACAUUUUAGUUAAGUUGUUAACUAUUUGGCAUACAUACUAGGCAAUAAGACCUAACAUGCUGAGAGGAUUUUUUUUGUACUUGGAUUUGCAUCUUGUUUGGUAUGCCAAGAUUCAUUGUGCACUUCAUGUAUUUAUAUAAUACCUAGAUAGAAUAGAAUCUAAUAUUCCUAUUACUGAAUAAUUGUACUUAUUAGCCUAGAUUAUUAUCUAUUGCUCUUUUGUUGAUUUGAAACUUUUACAAAGCUUAAAAUAUUUUACUACAUUUUAUACUCUAUUGCAAGAUUCUUUAUAAGAAUAUGUAAAUAGAAUUGUAAUGCUUUAAGGCAAAUCUCGUUGUUCAUGAUUGGAGAUGGUACAAAUAUUGAUUAGCUACCUAUAACAUUAACAUUUAAACCAUUGUUAUAUACAGGUACUACCUCAGAAAUUUUUAUAUUGGUGUUUUUAUCUAAUCAAUGAAACUAUUUAAUAGUUUAUGUUGUGAUAUUUGCUUUUUACUUAAUAAAGAAAUACUUGCUCUACAGAUACCAUU